ACCAAGGAGGAUGCAGGACUAGUUCCCUGAGCAGCGCUGUAGAGCAGUGCUAGGCAGGCUAAGGGGAGCUAGAGACGAAGCCUCUAGCCUGACACCUGCCAGGCCUGUGGCAUGCCUUGCAACGAAGGCCAAGGAAGUGCAGGUGUGACGGGAAGUGGCCCAGGGAGCUAGAGGCAGUAAAGGGGAGUAAAGGAGGACAGGACAAAGCUGCUUCCACAGGGUCCUUGGGUUGGGACCCAGAAUAGUGAGGGGGCCUGAGUCCUCCCUUCCCCCUCAUCUUGCCACCAAGGCAUGGCCCAUACAGACUGGAAACCACAGCUGGCCAUGGGAACAGUAGAGACUAAGGACUGCUGAUACAACCCCUGGAAGGCAGUGAGAGACUACUGUUGUAGGCAGUGUCCCAAAGAGGUUGUCAUGGUUCAGGAGUAACAGGGGUCUGGGGCAAGAGCGGGGAGUGAAGAUGGGGGACACACCAGCCAGAAGAGGACGUCCUGCUGAGUAAGAACUAAUUCUCUGGAGCAACCAGCAGGCGGUGCCGCAGUGGUGAGUUUGCUCCAUGGCAAACCUAUAUACACCAUAUGCCUCCCUAGCCCCGCAGGGAUAUAAAGUGCAGUGUCACUGGGGAGACAUUGGUUAGACAAGUCCAGUAAAGACCUGCCUGAUCCCGUGGGUACUUACCUGGAUAUGUAUCCUACAGGGCUCUCUGCUCACCCAGGCUGAACCUUCCUGUCGAAUCUGCUGUUUUUAGCAGGAUAGUCUCCAGCUGCCUCCCCGUUACCAGAGACUUUCUCCUGCCGGAUUAGCUGCACCACAGCAAACUGCCAGUGGGAUGUGCCACCAGUGCACAUAGCCAUUUGUCCCGUCACUGCACAGCACUGUGAUAAACACUCAGGGCUACCACAAGACACAUCCCCACUACAGGCCUCGCACACAGAGCAGUUUUGGGGGUGGCUUGUCUGAGCUCUGGCAAAAGGACCUGGGAAGUCCCAACAGGAAAUGGAGAGGAAAAGGAUGCAGAUCGUUAACCCUUUCAGUGCCUGCCCUUCCGGUAACAGCAUCCAAGAGGAGCUGGCUGGGAAUGAAUCAGGAUGUGAGCUGAACUGGAGCCCUGUGCUUCCCCGUAGCUCUGCAGACAAGGAGAGCUAGCAAAGGCAGCGAUGCUGAAAGAGUCCCAGCUGUCAUCACAAUGGCUACCUCAACCCCGGUCUCUGGAUUGUCUAUUCCAUGCCUGGCACUGAGUCUUCUCCUGGCAACCCCUGGGGCCGGGGCCCAGGAGUUCCAGCUGCUGCAGCCCCAGGGCGCCGUGUUGGUGUCAGCGGGAGAGACUCUCACCCUGCCCUGCUCUGUGACGGGGCUCAGUCCGGCAGGACCCGUGAAGUGGUUCAAGGGCUCAGGCCCCACCCGCCAGCUGGUUUAUGAAGAUAAAGAAUCAUUCCCCCGGGUGACGAGGGUGGUCCACAGUGACACCGACUUCACCAUCCGCAUCAGUGACACCCGCCCCGAGGACGCCGGGACCUAUCGCUGUGUGAAGUUCAAGAAGGGGCUGCGAGCCGAUGAGGAGAUCGGAUCCGGCGCUGGAACGGCCGUGUCUGUGAGCGCCAGGCCAUCGGCCCUGUCUGUGUCCCCACCCCCCAGCAGGGCAGAGCCGGGCACCCCAGUGACUUUCACCUGCACGUCUGGAGGAUUCUCCCCCAGAGACAUCACUGUGACCUGGCUCAAAAAUGGGGCCCCACUGCCGGCCCCCCAGCUCCGGGUUCUCCCCGAACACGAGAGCGUCUCCUACAGCGUGUCCAGCACCGUGGGGCUGUGCCUGAGCACAGGAGACGCCCUCUCCCAGCUCACCUGUCAGAUAGAGCACAGUGCCUUAGCAGCUCCCCUGCAUGGGACGUACAACAUCAGCCAUGCCUUGCGAGUUCCACCCAGGCUGCAAGUGGGCUCUGACCCGGCGGGGCCGGUCGCACGGAACGAGUCUGUGACGUUCACCUCCGCGCGGAGGGGUUCUACCCGCAGGGGACCAGUCUCAGCUGGCUGGAGAACGGAAAAGAGACAGAUCCGGGGAAACUCUCCCGCCCAACGGAGAAUCCAGACGGGACGUUCAUGUUGCAGAGCUCCCUGGAGGUCAGAGCAACCGAGCAGAGGAACCCGUCUGUGUUCACCUGUCGGGCUGUGCACGAUUCCCAGCCCCCCGUCAGUGCCAGCGCGACGCUGAGAGUCUCCCUGCCACCCACAGAGCCUGGCAAAGAUCCCGCUUCAUCUGAUGGAGGUCAGAGCCUGUUCUCCAGCCCGGCUCUCUGGAUUGGGCUCCUCCUGGAGAAGAUGCUGACUCGAGCCUUCCUCCUCUUCUUCUUCCUGAGGCGUAAGGAGUAACCAGGGAAAUGCAGCUUCUCUCUCCUGAUCUAUUCCCCGAUAUUCUCGCAUCCUCCCCACCUGCCAAGAUGUCUGUCUGCAGCCUGACUCCUCCCCAUCUCAGAGCCAGUUCGUGAUCUUCAGUGACCCCUGCUGGCCGGGCAGCUGGAGCCCAGGCCCAUAUUGGGAUGUAACUACCCCACAGUCAUACCUAAGGAUUGGGCAGCUGCUGAAAGGAUUCCUCCCUGCUCCCUUCAGCCCAGCCCUCUGCAGUAUUUGCACUGCCCUUCCCUACGGAGCCAAGCCAGUACGUGUGGAAUACCGUACGGGGUGAAAUGCAAAUUGGUCAUGUAUAUCAGUGUGUCUGUGGGACCUGGUGGCCCCGGAGCAACUCCCCUGAGUCCUGCAGGUUUGGCCAGAGGCUCAGACUCUCACUCUCUGGGCUGGUAGGAGCUGGGUGUUUUGUAGCUGUGACACUGCAACCUGACUGGAGAGAAACAGUCUUGUUCUGUUACUGCUAGCUCUGCCCUUGCCCAUCUCUGGAGAGGCCUAGAAAGAGUCCCAGAAGGCAGGGCCGGGUCACAUAAGUGCCCAUGCUGGUCUGUGCUUUGGCACCCUGGGGCGGUGGUGACAUAGACCAUCUGCAGGGCUGUGUGGUGCCUUUGCUGCUACAUGGACUCUGGCUGCAGCCUCCUGCCUGUGCUCAGCUGUGAGGAGGCAGGAGAUGUCUGUGUGAUAUUUUCACACAGAAACUAAACCGCCGUGGCAAUGCUUCAACUCACCCUGCCUUGGAGAGCAUGGGCUGAUCUGUCCGUGAGCCACUGGUCUGUGCUACCUCAAGGGCAACAGUGAAUAUUCCCUGUGUGUUCCUGCCAUGUGAGCUGGGAAGGGGUUUUGGGGAGAAUUGUGGCUCCCAAUUCACCUGCAUCUCUCCUCCGAAUCAAACAGCAUUUCUGGCCCCAGCACCUCUGGUGUAGCACAUCUUCUGCAGCUCCCUCCUUUCGAUGGGCAGCCAGAGGACAUGUCCUGGCAGAGAAAACCUUGGCAGUGGGAUUCCAAUAGAGCCACCCUCCCAGGCAGCCGGUGGGAGUGGCACUCAGCUGCAGAGCUGGCAUGGAUGGACACAGCUUGCAAGCUAAGAGCGUUGGCUGCUGGGCUUCCAGACAUUAGAACAGCCACAGAGGUCAGACCAAUGGUCUGUCCAGCUCAGAGCCCGGUCUUGCAACAGUGACCGGUGCCAGGUGCUUCAGAGGAACUGAACAGAAUAGGGCAGUUACUGAGCGAUUCAUCCCCUAUUGUCCAGUCCCAGCUCCUGGCAGUCGGAGGUUGGGGACACCCAGAGCAGGGGGAUGCAUCCCUGAGCUUCUUGGCUAGUAGGCAUUGAUGAACCUGUCCUCCAUGAACCCAAUUCUUUUGUGAAGGCCAAAGCUACAACUGGGUUCACAACAUCCCCUGGCAAUGAGUUCCACAGGCCCUCGGUGUGGGGCCCAGCCCCAGUGCUGCUUCCCUGGAGUAAAGGCCUUUCAUUCCUCUGCCCAUGCCAGAAGAACUAGGAGGAAAUUCCCUGGGGCCCUUUCUACAGGAUUUUACUGCCAGAGGCUCUGUUCUCACCCAGUGGGCCUGUUUCAGGGUAUCCCAAGCAGGCAGCCCAGCAGGGUGGUCAGGACGUGGGUUGGAUUGUUUGUGGCCAGAGGCUGGUGGUGUAUUAUUUAUAGUGGGGUUUGAAUAACAGCUGCUUCACUGAAUGCUCCUGGUUCCUUGCACCUAGCAUUUCUGGGGGUGGGGAGGGAAUCUAUUUAAAAAAAGAAUGUGCAUUUCUCCCCCCCCCCUCCCCCUUUAGCUCUAGACUCAGGGAGAUCAUAGCUGCAAUGGCAGUAGGGAUCACUGAGGCACAUGUUCCCUGCACAAACCAAACCCAAACCCCAAUCUUCUUCAGAGCUCAGUGACGUAAAAUGUACCAAGGGAGGUGCAGUGAACUGGGGGUAGUGGAGCCAGUUUCUUUCUAAGCUUUGUCUACACUGACACAUUUUGUCACGAAAAACUGCCUUUUGGCGACAAAACCGUGAGAGCAGUUAUGCUACGAUGUGACUUAUCAGGAAAAACACCUAGUUCUCCUUGGAGUGGUGUCUCUGUGGGUGCUCCACUCGGGUCUCAGUGCGUCCUUGUGCCAGCGAGCAGAGAUUUUUGCCUAGCAAUGCCUUCCUGCGUUGCGCAUGCACAGUCACAUCUUGCACUCUUUUCGUCCAUUGGCUGCAUGCGUGGGUGCAGGUCCCCCUCCGUUCCUUUCCUACUCUCCUCAGCAGAAGACAGACUCUCUCAGCAGUGCUAUUUUUCGGACUGAAAUUUUUUAAAAAUAGAGUUGUUAGUUUGUAGUAUUGUUAGUAGUUCAGUCACUUUAUAGUUAGUGUUAACCAGUUCUAGUUAGUUUAAAAAAAACAUGUUUGCCCUGUGUGAUGUAGUGGGGGAACGGUCCACUCACUGGUUGCUAUGCUUGUGCUGUGGGUGACCUCUACUGGCCUGCGUCUGUAAGCACUGCCCAGCGCGGGGGCCUGAGGACCCUCAGGUCAUGUACACAGUAACCCAACCAGUUCUUACCUCAUGAGGGAAGAGAUCUGAACAAAGGAAGUCUGUAGUUUAGAAAAGGGGCAGUUUUUGCUGGGAAAACAUGAAGAGACUGAGCUGAGUACUGGGGGUACAGGGCCUAUGGACCCCUACCCCAAGAGGUCUGAGGCUGCCUGCCUCCUCACUUCGAUGCCCAUAUAGAACCUGGACUGUGCUGUACCUUG